CAACGUGAUGUUUGUGUUGUCACGCGGCUUGCCAUAGUCGUGCCAGUCGGAAGCAUCAGUUCGCGCACGCGCUUUGCGUCAGGGCAGUUCCAUAGCAACCGUAAAGAACAACAUGGCAAAAGCAACAACUAUUAAAGAGGCCCUGGUGAAAUGGGAGGAGAAAACAGGCGAAAAAGCGAGCGAGGCAACAGCAGUAAAGCUUUAUGGUCAGAUUCCUCCUAUUGAAAAAAUGGACGCGUCUCUGUCUAAUCUUGUCAACUGCGAGAGAUUAUCCUUGUCUACAAACUGUAUUGAAAAAAUUGCCAACUUGAAUGGUCUAAAGAACCUUAAGAUAUUAUCCUUGGGCCGGAAUAACAUCAAAAACCUUAAUGGACUUGAGGCAGUAGGCGAUACUCUGGAGGAGCUGUGGAUCUCUUAUAACCUCAUAGAAAAGCUGAAGGGAAUUCAUGUCAUGAAGAAACUGAAAGUCUUGUACAUGUCUAACAACUUGGUCAAGGAGUGGGGGGAGUUUCAGAAGCUGGCAGAUCUUCUAUCACUGGCGGACCUCGUCUUUGUGGGGAACCCAUUAGAAGAGAAGCAUUCUGCAGAUGGCAACUGGAUAGAAGAGGCUACUAAGAGGCUUCCCAAGCUUAAAAAGCUAGAUGGAAACCCCGUUAUCAAACGAGAAGAGGAAGAGGGUGAAGGGGAGGGUUAAUCCAGGUCCUUUAUAUCUUCUGAAGUUGGUGCAUUUUUAUUGUUCAAACACCAGCAUUUUAACUGUUAGAAGUCUGUGCAAUAUUUGCAUUUUUUUAAUUAAAUUUAUUUAUAUGGAAUUAAGCUAAAAAGCUAAAUCCAUUUUCUUGAGCUUUAACACUAUUUGAAUAGAUUUUAAUAGCACACACUUGAUGCGUUCUUUUAGCCUUAGCACAAGCGGAAAUAUACAAUCAUAAUCGUGCAGAAGGACAGAUUGGAUAGUACUCAUUACUUACACUUUAAUAAAAUAAAUUGAAGCAUUUUUUUUCUACUUAAAACUAACUUAAGAAUUACUAUAAAGAAUUAAUAUGUUCACCACUAGAAUAAUUAAUCAUUUAACAUAACUUGAUUUCGUGAAAUUAUAUAUUUGACUUGAAUAACCAGUUAAUUUCCAUGAUACCACAUGAAGGACAUAAAACUUUUCAGGGAGAUCAAUAACAUGUAACACAAAAAUCCAGUGACAUUAAAGCAACUACAAAACUGGAAUGAUUAAGUGUGUGACAUAUCAAUUUCAUUUGGUGCUAUGCUUUAGUAUGUCUCUAUUAGGAGGCUACUUUCAAAAUUUUCUGUAUCUAAAGUUCAUUUAUAACUGCAAGAAUUACAUUUUUAAUUAAACGCCUUUUCUAAAUAUACUUUUUAUAAUAAAUUUGUUUGGACAUAGGCAAAAUUCUUAAUCUGUUUGCAGUUAUUCUGUUGUCGCACAGUUUCAUCACUAGAUGUAUUGUUAGAACAUUACAUUGUAUGGUACCUAAAGCAAGUUGCACAAUGAGAGCAAUUUAACACUUUGUAGCAUGUCUCCAUAGAGUAACGUAAAUGUACUGUGGCCAAAUAAAGGCACUGUAACUAAUACUGUAAUUAAAAAGUUGUCUGACUUAGUUUCCUGUCAACAAUUUUAUAAGUGUGAUUCCAGUUUUAUAUUUACAAUUUUAAGCAUGUUUUAUUGUUUUUGAUUCCUCUACAUGUUGUUUACUGUGUUUCAGAAGAAAAAAUAAACUAUUUUGUCCUCUGCUCAA